AUGGCCGAAGCCAUGACAAACAUCUACAUCACCUCAGUCUUUGAAGCUCAAGAGAGCGUGGUGAGCGUUGAGUUCUUCACGAAAGAAGACUUCGACUUGUUCUAUUCUCUGCUGAUCCCCGGCGUCUUCAACAGCGAGGUGGUGAGCGAAGACAACGUCGACCCCUUGCUUCGCAUGAGCGACUACUACCAAGUCAAUUUUAUCAAGGAAGGCUGCGCGGAAGGGCUUCUGAAACUUCCUGUUUCUUGUGAUCGACUCCUGCAAGCCCAUCAGCACGGUCUCAGUAAGCAAUACCAUCGCUGCCUUGAGGCUCUUGCCCGCAAAUGCAGUCAUGAAGAUAUGCUCAAAAUUCAAGCAGCAUCACCAGUCGUCUUGUUCGACCUGGCAGAGCGGAUGAGGUGCUUACUGCAGGAGACAGAACCUAGAGCAGAGACUGCCGGGGCUCAAAUUGAACCACGCGGAAUGCCAGAUACUUCUGAGUCAGAAUCGGAGCAGUCUUCGUUUGAUCUUUUUGGGUGA